AAUCCCAGAUGUAUUAAAGCCGGGGUGUCAAACGGGCGGACCACCAACUGCAAAACUACAAGUCCCAUCAUGCCUCUGCCUUUGGGAGUCAUGCUUGUAACUGUCAAUCUUGCAUUGCCUCAUGGGACUUGUAGUUUGGCAACAGCUGGAGGGUCACCAGUUUGACACUCUUGCUGUAGAGCAGGGGUGUCAAACUGGUGGCCCUCCAGCUGUUGCCAAACUAAAAGUCCCAUGAGGCAUUGCAAGAUUGACAGUUACAAGCAUGACUCCCAAGCAUGAUGGUACUUGUAGUUUCGCAACAACUGGAGGGCCACCAGUUUGACAUCCCUGCUCUA